CCACGUCCGGCUCAAGUCAUCAAUUGUAGAGCCCCUCUGCAUUCAGUGCAUGCACUGAGCGACAUUCUUUCACGCUGUUCAUACUGUACAACAAUUAGUUUUUAUGGAGCAGGAGGCUACACUUCGAGUACUCAUCAACCAAAUUGACUAUACUGUGGCCUCCCCUGGCCCUCUCGAUAACACAUCUCUCCCUCGAGUGCCUGUGAUCCGUAUUUAUGGCGCGUCGUCCACAGGAAAGAAAGCAUGUGUACAUGUGCAUCAGGUAUAUCCUUAUUUUUUUGUCGAGUAUGGGGGCAAAUUGAGUCCCGAAAAUGUGAAUCAGUACAUCGCAAAGUUAUCUCGUUCUUUGAACCAUGCUAUAGCCAUCUCGAUGAAGCGCAAUCCCCAUUCGCGCAACUCACAGUUUGUUCGAAGUGUACUUCUCGUGAAAGGCAUCCACUUCUAUGGAUUUCACUCGUCAUAUACGCCGUUCUUGAAGAUUCUUAUCGCAGACCCCGCAUUUUUCAAUCGUGCUGUCACUAUAUUGCAGUCCGGAACUGUUAUGCGAACACGCUUUCGUGUUUACGAAAGUCAUUUGAGCUACAUCCUACAGUUCAUGUGCGAUUUUGGGCUCUAUGGAUGUGGCUGGAUGAAUCUCGCGGAGGUCUGGCAGAGAGGACAUGAAGAAAACGAUACUGAAAUGAUGGAGCCAGCAACGUUCCAGGUAUCACCAUACUUUCGUCAAUCCCGCAUGCCGCUUGAAGUUGAUGUCGCUGCUCAUCAAAUUCUAAACCGCCGUCUCUUGUCCGCACGCAACAUUCACCACAAACUGGCAAUACCCUCACCGCCUUUACCUUCUGAACCAUUUGUUCUGAGUGUCCGUGAACUGUGGGAUGAUGAAAGACGUCGAAGGCUUGCCAAGGGCCUUCCUCCAACCCCUGCGCUUCCCAUUGAUUCAUCGAGAGGCCAUAGAAGCGAGUGGGUUGCGGAAGCGAGGUGGUGGGAGGAAGUCAGAAAACGCAUUGAAAAAGAACGAGACUCCGAGUCUACUUCCAUAGACAGUGGGGAACUUUGGGAGAGAUGGAUCAUGACCACUUUUGAGAGCGUGGAAGCCCUCUGGGAGGCUGAGUGGAGAACUUGGAAGCCGGCUCGCAAGGAGGCUACUGGUCAUAAUGGACAGAGCACUCAUAUCUCGGAAGCUGAGGAUAAGGAAAAUCCUUUUGCACAAGCGACACAGGAUGGAUCUUCGAUGAAUCGGAAAGGACCACCGCAAAGUACGGAUAUCGAUGUUGACGAGAUGUUGCUUUCUACACAGGAGAUGAGUCAGAUAAUGGACCGCGAAGACCAAGAGUGGGCGGACUUGCAGGCGGGGGACACGAUUGCAGAGCCUGACGCUGCUGCUGCUGCUGAUCAGUUGGUCGAUGAAGGGCCCCCUCCAGACUCUGAAAUGGACAUGCCCAGUCCCUCUGGCGAGGCUGAAGCUGCCAUUGAUGAGAACGAAAGAUUUGGCUCUCCUACGCGAGACCUUCCCCCAACAAAGUCAUUCCGACAAUCAUGGAACAAUUUGGACAUCCGCAAACGAGCGAGGAGUCUUUCAUCAUCUUCAGAGCUUCCAGCAACUCCUGCCAAGAGAAUGAGGUAUAUCAGUAGCGAGGCCGCCUACGAUGCGACCACACCCAUAACACAUGCGCUAUUAUCGAUGGUUCCUACAGAGCCCUUCACACAGCGGGGACUAUCCCCUGAUUCAUCUAAUUCAGCUGAUCAUAGUGGCUACGCUAUCGAAGAUGAUCCAUUCUUAUUUCGAGUUCGCUCAACGCCAAUAGAAACAAGAGAAGAACGCCAAGAUGGCUGUGUUGAACGGAAUGAAAAUAUUUCGCAGCUGACCUUACCAAGAGCUUCAUUUUCCAGACAUAGACCACCUACCUCGAGCCCAACCACAGCAUUCGUAUUCGCUGUACCACCACCAUCCUCCUCUGAACUUGUGAGGACCAUCGAGACCUAUGGUCUCCCUCGAAGGAUUUAUCGUAAUCCUUAUUACUCCAAGCGCGCAGAUGCUCCAGAGCACCCAAGAGAAUAUGCAGGUCUCCUGUAUCAUCUUAAAGGCGGGGACGGACUGGACACCCUGGAUAAUUGGAAGUCUCAUGGAAGCCAGACCCAUACGGGAAGAAAUGCGUGUCGUUUGAAAGGCAUAUCUCUGUCGUGGGGAUGGGAGUAUGCAGCCCUACCUCCGAGUAAAACUCAAGUGAAAAGGUGGCUGAAAGAAAACCCAGUUCAGCUGACCCCAAAAGCCAAGAUGUACUCUCAGAUCGAAGGCAGUACCCAAAUGAAUCCCUAUGGCGUGAAGUCAACGCCACAUGUUCAAUCUGACUCUACCACCAGAGCAGCCCAGCACAUGUCCUUGUUGUCCCUGGAAGUAUUUGUUCCUUCACGUGGUAAUAAAGUACCUGACGCAAAUAUCGACGAGAUUGUUGCAAUUUUCUUUGCUCUCGGGGAUGAUAAUAUUCAUUCAGUGUUUCACGAACGAGGCAUCCUGGCAAUCAAGAAUACGCAACUGGAUCCUCGUCGAAUACGUGAUUUCCCAUUGGAGAUUGUCGCUGACGAACUGGAGUUACUCAAUCGGAUGGUUGACAUAGUAGUUGAGUUUGAUCCAGAUAUCAUCGCCGGCUGGAAUGUUCAGUCAACAUCUUGGGGCUAUCUCGGUGCUCGAGGAAAUCACUAUGGUUUUGACAUUGGUGAGCUUAUAUCUCGAGCCCCUAACAAGAAUGAUACUGCAGGAAACAAUCAAUGGAGUCAGAGGACAACCACCACGUUCAAGGUCACUGGUCGGCAUGUGUUCAACGUCUGGAGAAUCAUGCGAGCCGAGCAGACACUUUCCAUGUAUUCUUUUGAGAAUGUAGCCUUCCAGUUACUGCGUAGAAGGGUCCCUCGUUAUACCCCAGAGAUCCUAACGUCUUGGUAUAAUAGCACAGAUCCAGUGCACACAUCCCGUGUCCUUCGCUACUUCCUUGAACGGACGAUCAUGACACUGGAGAUCCUCCAAGAAGCUGAAACAACCACAAAAAAUGCAGAGUUUGCGCGCGUCUUUGGAGUCGAUUUUUACUCCAUAAUCAGUCGAGGCUCGCAGUUCAAGGUGGAGUCAUUCAUGUUCCGCAUCGCGAAGCCAGAGAGUUUUGUUCUCCUGUCUCCUAGCAAACAGGAUGUUGGAAAACAAAAUGCUGCAGAAUGCAUGCCUCUCAUCAUGGAACCCCUCUCUGCCUUUUACAAUGGACCCGUCGUCGUGCUUGACUUCCAAUCACUUUAUCCGUCGAUUAUGAUUGCUUACAACUAUUGCUACUCGACCUGCCUUGGGAGAAUAGUCGACUUCCAGGGUCGUAACAAGUUUGGUGUCGUGGAUCUCCAAAGACCACGUGGACUCUUGGAAAAUUUGCAAGACCACAUAACAGUCGCGCCGAAUGGCAUCAUGUACGUGAAGCCUGAAGUGAGGAAGGGUUUACUUGCGCGCAUGCUUACGGAGUUGUUGGACACCCGAGUAAUGGUCAAACAGGCGAUGAAGGGUUCGAAAACUGACAAGGCGCUUAGUCGAGUUCUGAAUGCCCGCCAGCUCAGUUUGAAAUACAUCGCUAAUGUUACUUAUGGAUAUACAAGCGCAACAUACUCUGGCCGCAUGCCUGCUGUCGAAAUUGCAGACAGUAUUGUACAAAGUGGCAGAGAAACCUUGGAAAAGGCUAUAGAAAUCAUCGAUAGCAAUGCUAAAUGGGGAGCUAGAGUUGUUUACGGGGACACAGACUCCCUUUUCAUAUACCUUCAAGGAAAGACAAAGGAGCAGGCUUUCCACAUCGGCUAUGAUAUGGCGGAUACGAUUACUGCGAUGAAUCCAUCACCUAUCAAAUUAAAAUUUGAAAAGGUGUAUUUGCCAUGUCUGUUGAUGGCGAAGAAAAGAUAUGUUGGAUUCAAAUUUGAAAAUCCAGACGAGACUGUCGCCACAUUCGAUGCGAAGGGAAUCGAAACUGUCCGUCGUGAUGGGGUACCUGCUCAGUCAAAAAUGACAGAAAAGUGUUUGAAAAUUUUAUUCCGCACCCAGGAUCUUAGUCAAGUAAAGGACUAUUGUUACCAGUCAUGGACUAAAAUUCUUCAAAACCAAGCGUCAAUGCAAGAUUUCAUAUUUGCAAAGGAAGUUAAGAUGGGAACAUAUUCUGAAAAGGCACCACCUCCACCUGGGGUAGCUGUUGCCGCUCGAAGAAUGAUAGAGGACGAGAACGACGAGGUUCAAUAUGGCGACCGAAUUCCAUACGUGAUCAUAAGAGGUGAUCCCCACACACGGCUUGUGGACAGGGCGGUGUCCCCGGAAGAAUUAUUGCAAAAGAAGCACAUGCAAUUAGAUGCUUCCUAUUACAUAUCCCGUGUUCUGAUCCCACCACUUGAACGUGUUUUCAACUUGAUAGGUGCUGACGUUAGAACUUGGUUUGACGAUAUGCCGAAGGCUAUCCGAAUCAAUCAUCCAAAUCCUCUUGCAAUGUCUCCAAAGAAACAGAGGACCACAGCAAACCGGUUGAAGAUAGAUGAACAUUUUCAGAGUUCCCAGUGUCUUGCAUGCGGUGACUUGUCUUCAGACGGAAUCUGCGAAAAGUGUCGGAGAAUACCCCGGGAAACAAUGCCCAUCCUCCUCGAUCAAAUACGAAAAGGAGAGGCCCGGCUCCUGGACGCACAACAGGUAUGCGCGUCGUGUGCGUCGUCCGCAAAUGCCGAGCCAAUCGAGUGCAUUAACAUUGACUGUCCGUGGUUGUUUGAUCGAAAAAAGGCAGAAAGAAGGACGGAGUUUCUCGAGGGGUUACAGGGAAUCAUGGAAGACCUUGAAAUGUUAGAAGAUCACUGUGAUGGUAUACUAGACCAAGAUAGUUGAGAAUUCAUGCUACAACACGUUCAAUAAAUUUAUUCAUACAUUAUAUAUGUCGA